CCUGCUGGAAAUUCCGGAUCUGCUCUGCUCCUUCCUUCCUCACCGCCGGCUGCUCUUGAUUGUGGGUGAUUUCUGGGCAUUUUUUUCGGAUUUAUUUCUAUUCCUUGUGCUUCUCAUAUCACCCCAACCUCUAGUAGCUUGGUUCAUGAACAAGAUUGGAGCCUUGAAACCUUCUCCCCCUGCUGGAAAUUCCGGAUCUGCUCUGCUCCUUCCUUCCUCACGUCAGCUGCUCUUGAUUGUGGGUGAUUUCUGGGCAUUUUUUCGAAUUUCUUCUUCCAUGCCGUCGGCCUUCCCCCAAAUUGCAGCUCCGGCCUUGUUGGUUGGAUUUCUUGGUUCUUGAUCGUUCUGUCACUUUAGCACUGAGAUUGAGUCUUCGGUUUUAUGCGAGUGAGAGUAAAUUUCAAAUAUUUUGUCAUUUUUCUGGACAAGUUUAGAAUUUUUGGUUGGUGGUUAACUCUGGAUUCCUAGCUUCCUGCUAUUAAUUUCCAAAUCUGUUGAAGAUCCUGUUAAAGGCAGUACUUGAGAGUAGCCUUCGGUUUUACUUAGAGAAGAAAAAGGUUAGUCAAUACCUAAUGCACUUGUCAUUUUGUUGAUUUGUGCUAAUUUGUUCCUAGUUCAAAUGUAGUUUAAUCUUGUUGGUAAUUACUUCUUCUUUUUCUUUCUUUCUUUCCGAUUACAGUUUCUUUCUUUAAUGCUAUUGAUCUGGUGUCUUUUGUUGGUUGGUCCUUUUGCUAUGCAACUAAAUAGUGGUUGUAUUUUGCUUGGUUGAAUAAUAAUUUGAAUUUAAG